CUCUCUCUCUCUCUCUCUCUUGUGGUGUCUGCGUCAUCUCUGCUGAUAGGGACCCAGGGACCCGCAGGAAGGACACUGCGUCGGCGUGCGCGCAGGAGAAGCCCCUGUUGCUCUCCCGGCCAGCCGGAUGUCUUCCUCUCUUUGUUCUGGGAGGAUGUUCCCGUGAGGUCUUUUUCUGCCUGGCGGCUGUCCUCCGGUCGUGGUGUCGCAUUGUCUCUUUCGGUGCUCCGACCUGCGAUCGGUCAGUCCAAUUCCCAGCUAUGGGUUGGCUGGUCCACGGCCUCGGAGCUUUCCACACCGAGGGUGGGGGACGGGGCAUAGUCAGAUUGACCGUCCCCCAUUUGCGGACACCCGGGAUGGCAUCUGCACUUUGUGUAAGGCCCACCCCAUGAAACCGGCACCAUGUGGGCCUUCUCUACAACGCCGUCGCAUCUCUGCGGGCCCUUUUGCCGGAAGACGGGGAAAUGUUGCCGUGACGUGUUGCCGUGCGAGUGGUUGGUAUUUCCACUUUCCUCCUCCCCCCUCCACGCGGGGCAUUGGUUUCCUCGGAUGGUAAGCCGGGGAGGCCAAGUCCCGCGUCGCGCCGACUGCCGGGGCAGGUCGGCACUUCGGAGCCCUGGUCCCCCUGGCCGCGGGCAUUUCUCCAGGCAGACACGGUCAAAUCUCUCCUCCUGGGCAUGGCGCGUUGGUUGUCUCGGUGUGUGCGAGGGGGAAGGGGGGGAGGCAUGCUCGAGGCCACUUUCCGUUUUUCCAUCGAGGCCAGGAGCCGGACUCGCGUCGAUGUUCGGCUGGACUUGUGUGGUCUGAUGGCGGGCCCCGGCUACGGUUUUCUGUACUCUUUGCCCGGCUGGUGGUUCCCUCUACGAACUGCUCUUCCUCUGUCUGUGCGGGGUGGCAUUUUUUUUUCUAGCAGGGCGUCACCCCUGCCGACUGUCUUUGGGUGUUAGCGGGGGCUUUUUGGGGCCUUUCCUUCAGCCCGCCGCCCCCAGCCAUUUGUAUUUUCCCAAUACAUGCCCUGUCCCUCC